CCCGAAAUCCCCCGAUAAAGGCGGCAGCGGGGCCGGCCCCGCAGAGGAGCCUUCGUCACCGGCCGCUCCUCCUCCUCCUCAGCCCGGCCGCGCUCCGGAACCUUCCAGUAAGGCCGGGGACCUUCCUCGCCCUCCUCAUCCUCGCUCGCGGGGUUCCGGAACCUUCCUUGGGGCCUUCAGCCUCGGUUUUGAGUCCGGGACCUUCCUCAUCCUCGUUUGGUGGGUCCGAGAUCUUCCUCAGCUUUCGGCUGUCCGGGAUCUUCCUCCAGCUCUCCACGGGUCCAGGACCUUCCUCAUCCUCGUUUGGCUCUUCCUCCUCCUCCUCCUCCUCCUCCUCGCCGUCCCCGCGGCCGCCAUGGGCAACGCCAAGAGCGGGGCGCUGUCCAAGGAGGUGCUGGAGGACCUGAAGACGAGCACGCGCUACUCGGAGGAGGAGCUGUGCCGCUGGUACGAGAGCUUCCAGCGGCAGUGCCCCGACGGCCGCAUCAGCCGCGCCGAGUUCGAGAAGAUCUACGGCACCUUCUUCCCCAACUCGGACCCGCAGGGCUACGCCCGCCACGUCUUCCGCAGCUUCGACACCAACGACGACGGCACGCUGGACUUCAGGGAGUACAUCAUCGCGCUGCACCUCACCUCCUCGGGCAAGACCCACCUCAAGCUGGAGUGGGCCUUCUCGCUCUUCGACGUGGACCGCAACGGCGAGGUCAGCAAGGGCGAGGUGCUGGAGAUCAUCACGGUGAGGAAAUUCGGG